AUGCCCGCCAUUUUCGACAAGAUCUCGCAGGCGCUGCAUAAGAAGAAGGACAAGAAGGAGGAGGCGAAGGAGGACAAACCGGCAGAGACGCCUGCGCCGGCGGACAAGGCGACUGACCCUACGGAGGCGAAGCUACACGAGACGAAGCCCGCUGAGGAGACGCAUCCUGCGGAGACCAAGGCUGAAGCUCUUGAGGCCGCGAAGGAUGUACCCGCUGGCCCUGUCUUUGACAGCAACAAGGUCACCGUCAUUUUCGUGCUGGGCGGGCCCGGAGCUGGCAAGGGCACCCAGUGCGCAAAGCUCGUCGAGGAGUUUGGCUUCUGCCAUCUCUCUGCCGGUGACCUCUUGCGCGCCGAGCAGAACCGUGAGGGCUCCCAGUACGGCGAGCUCAUCAAGACCUGCAUCAAGGAGGGCAAGAUCGUGCCCAUGGAGGUUACGAUCAAGCUGCUCGAGAACGCCAUGGGCGCGGCAAUGAAGGAGGCGCGCGAAGGCGAGGGGUGGCAGGACGGCAAGGGCCGCUUCCUCAUUGACGGGUUCCCGCGGAAGAUGGACCAGGCGCUGAAGUUUGACGAGUCGGUCUGCGAGUGCUCGUUGGUGCUGUUCUUCGACACGACGGAGGAGGUCAUGCUCGAGCGCUUGUUGGAGCGCGGGAAGACGAGCGGGAGGGACGAUGACAACGUCGAGAGUAUCAAGAAGCGCUUCCGUACCUACCACGAAACUACUAUGCCCGUCAUCGACCAUUACAAGUCGCUCGGCAAGGUCGCUGUGGUCGACUCCAGCGCACCCGUAGACGAGGUUUACAAGGGCGCAGCAGAGGUCGCAAGGAAGGUCUUUGCGGGUGGCUUCAAGCCAAAUGCGCCUGGUGCUGCAACUGCUACGGAGGCUGCCCCUGUUGUGCCGGGGACCACACCAGAGACUACAGAGACCGCACCUGCGACCUCGGAGGUCACUGCGUAA